UGYUGGGAGCCGCACCUGAGCAGGUUGAGCGGCGUGGGAGUCCCGCUCGUGCGUGCGYGCGCGCGCGCAGCUCCUCCCCUCAGCUCUCCCUCCUCCUGUUUGGGGCAGAUCUGUUGAGGUUCUGCUCGCUGUUGUUCAUCUCUGCGCCGCUCCGAGUGGGCGAAGCUCCGUAAACUGACUUCAAACUCCUCAGGUUGGUAAAUACCUGAAGUUGAUUCGUGCCAUUUUAGCUGAGAAGAGGCUGUCUUCAAUCUACAGGAAGAGAAGACCGACUGUGAACAAACUUCCAUCAUGAACUGGGCAUUCCUCCAGGCCCUCAUCAGCGGGGUGAACAAAUACUCCACGGCCUUCGGCAGAGUGUGGCUCUCCAUUGUCUUCCUCUUCAGGAUCAUGGUGUUUGUGGUGGCCGCGGAGAAGGUGUGGGGAGACGAGCAGAAAGACUUCAAGUGCAACACGGCCCAGCCGGGCUGCCACAACGUCUGCUAYGACCACUUCUUCCCCGUGUCCCACGUGCGGCUCUGGGCCCUUCAGCUYAUCUUCGUCACCUGCCCCUCGCUCCUGGUGGUGAUGCACGUGGCCUACAGGGAGGACAGGGAACGCAAGCACCGGCUCAAGUUCGGCGAGAACUGCAGCCGCCUCUACCAGAACACCGGCAAGAAGCGCGGCGGCCUGUGGUGGACCUACGUCCUCACGCUGCUCUUCAAAAUAGGGGUGGACGCCACCUUCAUCUACCUCCUCUACCACAUCUACGAGGGCUACGACUUCCCCUCGCUUAUCAAGUGCAAGGAGGUGCCGUGUCCCAACAUGGUGGACUGCUUUAUCGCUCGGCCCACCGAGAAGAAGAUCUUCACCAUCUUCAUGGUGGUCACCAGCUUCGUCUGCAUCAUCCUCUCCAUCUUUGAAAUCGUCUACCUGAUCGGCAAACGCUGCCACGAGUGUUUCUCGUCGAACCACCACUCUCGCUCCAUCAGCACCAACAAAAUGUCCAGUGGAAGCACCCUGAUGGCGGCGAACUCUGUCAAACUAUCRGGCAAAGGCACCCCUGAAACGCCGGCGCCCUCAUACAGCGUCGCCGUUUCGUGAUCCAUGACCAGAGAGACUUUGUGAAAGAACAAAGACAAGACAGCAAAGCUCUCUCUGCCUCUGUGUUCUGAAAAGACUUAACAGAACUUUAAUGAGAGACAGAACAUUGUAACUGUAUUUCCUUACUGCCAAAGAGUUUGUAUACGUGUCAUAAAUCUGGAAUUUGCACUAUGUUGUGCCUAUUUAAAAUGGUUUUAUUUUAAUGCAUGAAAGCUCUAAGGUCCUAAAGGAAUGACUAACUUGCAUGUCUGAAUGUGUGAUUGGGCCUCAGCGUUGCUAGCAUGAGUCAUCCCUCUUUGGCCAGUUUUACCAGCCCAUGUGGUUUUUCUGUGUAAGAUUUUCCUUGUGUUAGUGCCGAGCCUCAAAGGUUCAGCCUGCGCUGCAACUUUCCUUCCUUUCACACAGAUGUUCAUAUUGGACUCUUUGUGACUUUUGUACAAUAUUUAAAAAUAGAAAGAAAAAAAAAGAAGCAAGUUACAGUCCUGAUUUGUGUCAUGAUUUACCUACAGUUGAGCAGAGGAAACGUGAAAACGCGGUUUUGUAAACAACURUAAUGGAUGUGCAUAUUUUACAGUGUUGAGGUGCGACCUUUUUGCGUGCUUGUAAAUGUUUUUGUAAUAAAUUUUGUGUUUUAAAAAAA